AUGCAAACCUCUUUUGAGUUAACCUCUCGCAACCGACUCCACUCAGCACAACUCCACGAAUGCGUCCCAAUUGUCACAGAAUCCACGACUCGAAUUCGACAAUGCUUGACUCGCUUGACCGGCUUGGUUGAAGAAUGCUCAUUGGCACUCUUGAAAUGCGCUCAGUUUGACACAGCCUUACGCGACACGAAUGCCAUUCUCAAAGUCGAUCCGACAUUAGCCCUUGGUUACCUGAUAAAAGGGAAGCUGUACGCGUAUUAUGGCUGA